GAAGAACAUUUGAAAAAGAAAAUAAACACACUAAAAUUUGAGUUAUAAAGAGUGAAAGCAAGCUGUAACAUCUCAAUUAUUAGAGAAAAAAAACAGAAUAAAAACUUUUAUCUUUUUACCACAAAACACUGCAGGGAAUUUGUAUAAAAACACACACACACAGAGAAAAAAGACACGACAACAUCGAGCUGAGAGAAUUUCACAACGAGAACCAAGACAGAUAUGAAACGCUUGGUAAUUAACGUAAGCGGAGCCACUUUUGAGACGACAGAUAGAUGCCUGGGAAGAUACCCUCACACUUUGUUGGGUGACCCGCAAGAACGGACCCAGUAUUUUGUCCCAAGUCAAGGUGUUUAUUUUUUCAACAGACACAGACUAGCUUUCGAAGGAAUAUUAAUGUAUUAUCAACGCUUCGGAAGAGUAGUGUGUCCAGAGAACGUACCAGAAGAGGUAUUCCUAGAUGAACUGGAGUUUUUUAAAAUCGACUGCGCGUUCCUGCAGGAUGCACUAGAAGCAAAGAAGUUCGUUUUGUCGCCUUCGAAAAGAGAGAGCACGCCAAAAAGCAGACAGGGACGUAUUUGGAAUGUUUUACAAAACCCAGAGAGUUCAUAUGGGGCACAAAUAUUAUCCACGAUUUCACUUGUUAUGACUCUCAUCUCUAUAAUUUUAACAUGUUUACAUCCAGGUGACAAACACAAUAAGACUAGUGUUGUUCAUCGCGACAUGUUUCCCAUCGAAAUAGUUUGCUUUUCAUGGUUCACACUAGAAUAUUCCCUAAGACUGUGGGCAUGUCCACAGAAAAGACAGUUCGUCAGAAGUUGGAUUGACCUAACUGACCUGAUAACACUCGUAAUUUUCUUCAGCUCUCUAGCGCUAAGUUCAGCACAGGCUUCAUCGACCAGUGUGUUGAAAGUAUUCCGACUCGCCAACGCGUUCAGAGUGUUUCGGUUGACAAGAUUUUCAAACGGACUUCGACUGCUUAUUUACACCAUAUAUAAGAGUCGCACAGAUUUGCAAAUCCUCGUCAGUUUUUUAGCCUUCUUUAUCGUGAUAUCAGGAAGUAUUAUUUACUUUGCUGAAGCACACGCAAAUAACUCGCAAUUUCGCGAUGGCGGGAUAUUUGAUGGAAUGUGGUUUAGCUUAAUAUCAUGCACAACUGUGGGCUAUGGAGAUAUUGUACCAGCAAGUUUACUAGGAAAAUUUGCAACCGCAAUGACGAUAACUUUCGGCGCUAUGUUUAUCAUGUUACCGGUAUUGAAGCUCGUAAACUCUUUUAGUGACGCCUUAGAAGCGACACGAAGUUUACUGAGUUGCAGUGAAGAAACACAAGUUAAAAAUCCGAAAGAAAACAGCAUGGCUUGUAGAAGACAAAAACACCUUUUCAGGCGAACAUUUUGUCGCACAAAAAUGACGACAUGAGCUGAAGAUAACGAGUAUAUCGUCCGACAAAGAAAUAAUAAAAACUACACUGCCUCUACUUUUUAACCAGCUUAAAAAAAAAGUAAAUGUCAACUCUUCCGCGAUAAGAUCUAAUACUUACGGUCAACGGUGUUGGCUUAUAACACACCGUGUUGAAAAAACUCAGUGUGGAAAGUCAAUAACGGUUAUUUUCAAAUUUUAAAAAUUUUGAAUUUAAAAUUACUCACGCGAGAAUCCAAUACCAAGAUUCCUGAACGUCUGCUACAACCUUAAAACAAUGACCACACAAGUGAAGAGACAUACAACCUUAAAACAAUGACCACACAAGUGAAGAGACAAAUGUAAUACAACUAGUACAUGAAAAAUCUACAUAAUUUCAAACUAAAACAUUGAUGGGAACAAGCUGCAUUUUCACAUAAGAAGUACAAUAAACGGAAACAGGGGUCGUCUAUAAAAAAGGGUGCGCUUCCCUCUCAUCUUCUUUAAUAUAUUUAUGACCUGCAAUUUCUAGCAUACCUUUCGGCCUGUGUUUUGAAUGUUUACCAACACACUCUGAGCACUAAAAUAUGUAAAGAAUGAUGGUAACU